AUGUCAUAUGCCAGCUCAGAAGUUUUGGGAAUGAAGCGCUCGGCAGUCCACGCUCGAGAAUUGAGCGCGAGCUGGGCAAUGCGAGAUCACAACGAAGCUGAGUGUAUCGAGGAGAGUUUUUUCUUCCGCGAGGUUGGGAAGCGAUGCAUGUAUAUCUGGGACCGUCGAUUUGAUACCACUUGCUGA